GCGGGCGCGGAUCCCGACCCAGCUGUCCCGUUUUAUGGAGCUGCGGGCCAGCGGGGCCAGCCCAGCUCCCCGUUCUCCUGCUGGCCAUGCUGCUGCUCCCGUCGUGCAGAGAGCCCCGCAGAGCCUGAGCGCCGAGGCGGCAGUGGCGACGGCCCCCCUGUGCUCCCCGGCUGACUACUAUGGCCGUGUACUGCUAUGCGCUCAAUAGCUUGGUGAUGAUGAAUAGCAACAGCGAGGUGACCAGCGGCGGGAGCAAGACGCCGCCUCCUCCCGGACAAGUGCUGCCCAGGGGUCCGGAGACGCCCGGCGGCUGCCGCUCGCUCCCCGUCUUCAGCCCGGCCCCGGUGCCGCCCCGCUCCCCGCGCUGCGGGCCCGCUUUCCUCUUCCCGCUGCCUGAGGAGCCCCUGAGGCAGCCGGGCAGCCCCGGCGGGCGGCGGGGCAGCCGGGGCGAGGAGGGACAGCCAGGGCCGCCCAUGGCACGGCAGCUCCAGCGGGAGCUGCACAACGUGCAGGUGAACCAGAAAGUGGGGCUCUUCGAGGCACACAUCCAGGCGCACAGCUCCGCCGCCCAGCCGCCCCGCAGCCCCCGGCUGGCCCGGCCCCGUCCGGCCAGCCCCACCGCGGCACCGGCGCUGGCACUCGGGACUGCGCCCCGGCCCCGAGCCCUCGGGGAGAGCGAGGCCCCCGAUGCUGGUGGGGAGCAGCUUUGUGUGAGCGCUGCAGAGCCCGCCAGGAGGCCAGGGAUGGCGGUGGAGCUGGCAGAGAGCAGCAGCAGCCCCCUGGAGCAGUGUGGGCCUGCAGCAGCACGGCAGGAGGAGGUGGUGGUCGUUCCCACAGGACUGAAGGGGCAGCACCCAGCCAUGGGUGGCAGCAUCCCUGCCGUCAUUGUCACAGACCUGGGGGGCCCGGAGGAGGAGGCGGGCGCCGUGCCCCCUGGCAGCCUGCCCGUCCGGAAGCUCUCAUCGUCCUCUGCAUCUUCCACUGGCUUCUCCUCGUCCUGGGAGGAGUCCGAGGAGGACAUCUCCAGCGACCCCGAGCGCACCCUGGACCAGACCCCCGCCUUCCUGCAGACCCUGGACCAGCAGAAACCCCGAGUGAGCAAGUCAUGGAGGAAGAUCAAGAAUAUGGUGCACUGGUCCCCGUUUGUGAUGUCUUUCAAGAAGAAGUACCCUUGGAUCCAGCUAGCGGGACACGCAGGUAGCUUCAAGGCGGCGGCCAAUGGCAGGAUCCUGAAGAAGCACUGUGAAUCGGAGCAGCGGUGCCUCGACCGCCUCAUGAACGAUGUCCUGAAGCCCUAUGUCCCUGCCUACCACGGAGAUGUGGUCAAGGAUGGCGAGAGAUACAACCAGAUGGAAGAUCUGCUGGCUGAGUUUGACUCCCCCUGUGUUAUGGACUGCAAAAUGGGGGUCAGAACGUACCUGGAGGAGGAGCUGAUCAAGGCCCGCAAGAAGCCGAGCCUGAGGAAGGACAUGUACCAGAAGAUGAUUGAGGUGGACCCUGAUGCCCCCACCGAGGAGGAGAACGUGCUGCGUGCUGUGACCAAGCCCCGCUACAUGCAGUGGAGGGAGACCAUCAGCUCCACAGCCACACUGGGCUUCAGGAUCGAGGGCAUCAAGAAAGAGGACGGCACUGUGAACCGGGACUUCAAGAAGACACGGACAAAGGAACAAGUCAUGGAGGCCUUCAGCGAGUUCACCAGAGGAAACAGGAAUGUUCUGAACAGUUACCUGAACCGGUUGAAGGGUAUCCGUGCUACCCUGGAGACAUCCCCGUUCUUCAAGUGCCAUGAGGUAAUUGGGAGCUCUCUCCUCUUCAUUCACGACAAGCAGGAACAAGCCAAAGUCUGGAUGAUUGACUUUGGGAAAACCACCCCACUGCCAGAGGGACAAGUUCUCCAGCACAACGUGCCCUGGGUGGAAGGGAACAGAGAGGAUGGCUACCUCUGGGGGCUGGACAACCUCAUUCAGAUCCUGACAGAGUUGUCCCAGAGCGAAGACUUGCAUUAAAGCCGCGCAUCCGACUCUGCCACUACCCCAGCCUGCCCCCGACUGACUCUUCUGAACUGCACUACAAGACACUUUCCAGCCCUUGCCCUCCCCAUUUGAAAGCUAUACUCUCCCUAUUUAAUGUGUUUUUGUUGUGGUUUUUUUAGGUUGUCUUGGUUGUUUCCCCCCUCCUUGUAAAUAGAGAGCUAACCUGCAGGAGCAAAAGCUGAGCUUGAAACCUUGGCUUUGCAGAGUCAGUGGGAGCAGGUAGCCUGGGGCAAGGGCAUGCUUCGCCUGUUGUGCUUUUGUCUCUUGCUCAGCCUGAUGUUAAGAGGGCUGGCAGAGGAAGGAGCCUCUUCCUGCACCAGGAUCAUCCUGAAAACACUCAGUGACCGUGCCCAGGACCCUCUGGCAGUCAGAGAGUGUGAGCGAGGUGUGGAGAUGGUGAAGGACAUUGUAGUGGGAGCCCUUUGGUUGUCUCUGCCAGCGCCUUUCAGCCCAGGGAGCUGGCUGUGCCAAGUCCUUCAGAGAGCUGUUAGAAGGGCACAUUUGGGGUUUAAUUUGUGCUCAAGACAUCUUGUAGAGGUUGCUGUUAUUUUUGAGUGGCACUGAAGGGCUUCCCUCCUGCUGCAGAGCCUUGCAGUCAGGCACAGGUAUUUGCCAUGGCCAGGUGCUUCCUACCCACAUUCCCCAUGCUGGGUGCCCUGGUGAGCAAAACUUUGGGCUUCUCUCUAGAGCCUCAGCUCCCCCGCUAGGAACUGCUAGGAACUGCUUCCAGCCUACCUUAGCUGGGGUCUCCAGUCCUCCCUAGCUGGGAAAAAUAGCUCCUAAAGGACUACUAUGAGACCUAAAGUAGCCAUCCAGGUCGAUCAGUCUUUUUUGUCAGCAGCUGAGCACAUGUGUAGUGUCACCAAUGCUCCCACCUAGCCCAGGGCAUGUUCAUAAUUUCCAUCUGCAUCAGGUGAAGGCUCACAGCAGCAAGGCAGCACCCAGCUUAGACACCUUUGGCAAAGCAAAGCUGGGCUCAGACAUCCCUGUGCCCCCCUUUUUCCACAGAGCUGCCUGCUGGGGCUGUGUGAGGGCCCCUGUGCUCCUGCUCCUGUGAAAACACCCAGUUCCCUGUUUAGGGUGGAGGCUAUUUUUUAACUUCCUGGAACAUUUGAAGCGAGCAGCGGCAGGGCUGCUGCGCCAAAGGUCAUCCCUGGAGAGGCUGGAGGGGAGGGGAGGCUGCAGCAGCCCCUGCCUCGAGUGCUGUGGUGCAGGAGCUUGGCAGCCAUGCAUCCCUCACCUGCUCCAUCAUCCAUCCCCAAACCCACUGUCCAGAGUCCCUCUGCCAUAUUUGAUGGGUCCAGCACCCUUGAUGGGGGAGACCUCCCUUGCAGCAAUAAGGAGGAGUUGGCCACCAAGGCAUCUGCAGCCAAGCCUCUUCCCCAAGGACUGAAGUUUCCUAAGGUUUUUUUCAGCUCAUAGCUCACCAGACAGGUGUCUUGUGCUUAUCAGAUGCCAUUGUAAAUGGUUGCACUGUUUUAGCUCCUUGCCAGGCUUUCUAGACUAGCCCAUGUGGAAGUGCCUUAUAGACUUUGCCUCUGUUCCAUUAGUGUCAUGGAAAAGGUUGGGUUGUUUUUUUUUUUUUAAGUUAUAUUUAUUUUCAUCCCAUUUUAAUUGCACAAAACACUAAAAUUUAAUGCAUGGAAUAUUUUUUUUAACUGUGUUUUUUUUUUUUUUUUUAGUUUUUAAGCCAUGCCUUUUCCAGCUUUGGAGAAAGGCUGUGAACAGAUAUGCUAUGUAGCUGUGUACCACUUACUGCUGUACUUUAGCUUCGAGCUGUUCUUAUAUAUGUACGUUAUUUUUUAAGCCUGUUUAUAAACCAGAUCCCUUGCUUUGUGGCUUCAGAAGAAGCAGAUUGUUGCUCUCAGAUGUCUUAUGCUUUCCUGGAGGCUGGAAUGGUUGCUGUGAGGGAUUUUCCCUGUUCCCACCACCCCUCUUGGUCAUUGGGUAAUACAGAAAAAAAAAAUUCCAAACCGGUCUGGAACACCAACGCACAGUGCCUGUAAAAAAGUCCUGUAACAUUGCAAAUAAAGGCAUAUGGGAAGCAUU